GGGUGGGGCGCGGCCGCCGCUUCCGCCGGGCCAUGGGGCCGCGCGUGUUGCUGCCGCCACCGCCUCUGCUGCUGCUGCUGCUGCUGCUCCUCGCGCUGCUGUGCAGGGCCGAGAACACUGCGCCUCCGUCGUCUCACCCCACGCAGGCAGCGCCCUCGCCGCCGCUUUCGACUGCUAACGGGAGCCAACCGGGAGCGCCGCGCAACAAUACGCACGGCUGGCCGGCGGGUGCCGCCGGGACGCCGCUGCUGCGCUCCUUCCUGGUGCUCACGGGCCUGGCGGCCCUGGCCCUCGUGUACUUCCUCAUCCGGGCGUUCAGGUUGAGGAAGCCGCAGCGGAGGAGGUACGGGCUCCUGGCCAACUCCGAGGACCCCGGCGACGUGGCCUCCGCGGACAGCGAGGAGGAGACGGUGUUCGAGUCGAGAAGCCUGAGAUGAUGCUGCACUGAGGUGGCCUGCCCCUGGGGCCUGAGCAGGCACAGCACCCGCCCUCCAGCUCCCACCCAGAGCCCCCAUGUUGCCCAGCUUCCUGCUGAGGACAGCACCACCUCACCUUUCUACAUGCCGUUGCCGCCCUGUUGGGGGAGCCAAGAGGAAGCUGCUGGGGCUUGGCAGCCACCACCCAGGACCCUGUGGCCCCCACACAGACUGACUGACCUAUGCUGCUGCCUCCUGGAGGAUCUGGCAGCUCUGCUCUGAGGCCUGCUGGGCAGGUGGACUGAGGGGUCUGUUGGAAACCCCUUUCUGGGACACUGUUGACAAUAAAGGAAGCUGUGGCCCUGCACCAGGGGCCAGCCCCUCCUUGACUCCA